UCGAGUGAAAACGUCUUUUUUUCUCAAUCAAAGUUACAUAAGUCAUUAUUAGAAAAAUAAAAUUUGGUGAUAAUGAAGACAAUAAUUAUUCUCUUAACAGUCGUUGUAAUCACCACGACGCUGGAAUUACCUAGCAAUAUUACACUUUGUCAUAAGUCAGAUCCAAAAGUAUUAAAAUGUCUUGGAGAAGCCACCGAAACUAUGAUGAAAAUCGUAGCCAAUGGUCUGAAGGGCUUNGAUAUUAAGCCUAUUGACCCGCUAAGGGUCGAGAAACCGAUCACCGGAAUGUCUCAAUGGCUAAAACUAGAAUCUCGCAAUGUUGUUUUAUAUGGGUCUGCAAACCUAAAAGUCUUGGACUUUCAAGUGGACUGGGAUAAACUUAUAUUUAAAAUAAAAUGUACCAUUCCCCGGGCAAAGUUAGUUUCCGAUUAUACUCUCGAAGGAAGGAUAUUGGUGCUGCCAAUCCAAGGAAAGGGCAAAAGCAAUAUAUUAAUAGAUGAUGGAAUAGGAUACNNUNAAAUAUCCUUAGAGAAAUAUGAAAAAAAUGGAGAAAUUUUUGCAAAAANCACAAAUGUUACAUAUAAAGUACAUUCUGAAAAAGUAUUGUUUCACUUCGAUAAUUUCUUCAAUGGAAAUNCCUAUUUGGGUAAGCAAAUAAAUGAAGUUCUAAACAAGAAUUCUAAACUCUUGUUCGAAGAANUUAAACCACCAUUCGAAUUAGCUAUGAAAGAAGUAGUGCAAGACGUGACUAAUAAAUUGUUUAACUUUAUACCAUUCAACCAACUCAUACUUGAAUAGAGAGAGAGAA